CCGGCCAACCACAACGUAACCAUUCGGUCUUGCCUCUAUCGCCAACCGUCAAGUCAAGUCGUCUUGACUCUGACCCUCCCGUUCUUCUUCUUUUUUCACCCUCUCUUUUACAACAUCUCUCGCAGCACCUACACGCUGCUAUCUCCAUCCACCCAACCGACCUCCGACGACGCCAGUAUCGCCCCUCACGCCAUUUCGGAAUCCCCUUGCGAGAACUUGCCGUGCUCAAUCCAGGUAUCGCGCCCCGCUCCCACCAGAUCCCAGCUAUGGAUGCCCUCGUAGCCAGGUACAGCCGUCCGGCUACCCUGCACCGCGAGACGGUUGCGGAGGACCAGCAAGAUGAGCUUCAUAACGACAUGGCACCUGCCUUAUCCCUCAAAUUCGCCAUGCCUCCCGUUGCUCAGCCCUCAGCCUGGCUCCGCGCCAUGACAGAUGACCGCUCGAACCCCGACUGCCCCAUCAAGAUCGCCCACGGCACAACUACCCUCGCCUUCCGGUUCCAGGGCGGCAUCAUCGUGGCGACCGACUCGCGAGCGACGGCCGGCAACUGGAUCGCCUCGCAGACGGUGAAGAAGGUCAUCGAGAUCAACAACUGCCUGCUGGGCACCAUGGCCGGCGGCGCCGCCGACUGCCAGUACUGGCUCGCCUGGCUCGGCAUGCAGUGUCGCCUGCACGAGCUGCGGCACAAGCGCCGCAUCAGCGUCGCCGCCGCCUCCAAGAUCCUAGCCAACCUCGUCUAUCAAUACAAGGGCAUGGGUCUGUCCAUGGGCACCAUGUGCGCCGGCGUCACCAAGGAGGAAGGGCCCGCCCUUUACUACAUCGACUCCGACGGCACCCGCCUCGCCGGCAACCUCUUCUGCGUCGGCUCCGGCCAGACCUUCGCCUACGGCGUCCUCGACGCCGAGUAUCGCUACGACCUCUCCGAGGAGGACGCCCUCGAGCUCGGCCGCCGCAGCAUCCUCGCCGCCACCCACCGCGACGCCUACUCCGGAGGGUACAUCAAUCUCUACCACGUCAAGGAGGAGGGCUGGGUCAAGCACGGCUUCAACGACACAAACCCCAUAUUCUGGAAGACGAAGCUCGAGAAGGGCGAGUUCACCAACGUCACCAGCCAACUAGACUAAAGUCCCAUGUUCUUUACUGCUACUUGCCAGGGGGAUCCCUUCGGGAGGGGUAGGGGAGGCGGGAGACGGGGCGGUUUUAGUACAGCGCUGAAAUACCAACGGCCACUACUCUCGAUAUAAAAGGGGCUAAGGGGACAAGGGGGACGCCUCGCCCCUGGUGGAAAUCGCGAGGGCCUAACAAGUAAAACACAACGCAGGGCGGCGGAAAGUGGAAAAGAGCUUGAUAGACUGGCUGGCGGUUACUGCUACAUUUAGCCGU